CCGGUGCGGGGCAGUUCGGCAGGGUUGCUCCGAUAAGGAUCCUUUGCGUGUUUGAGCCCGUCUGCCCCUCAAAAGAAGCAGCCCAUCAGCAGCAGCAGCAUGGGCAUUCUUCAGCUGAGGCGAGGUCGCCUGUUGAAGCUGGCUAGUGUUACUCUCCUGGUGGUGAUUGCUGUGCUCUUCCUGCUCCCCAGUCACAGGAAGCAUCAAAUGCCUGAAGCACUGCCACUGCAAGCCAAUGUGGCGCCCGUGCGGCGGGCAUCGGCACCAGUGUUCCAUGCUGACAAGCUGGGCAACUACGAGCCGCAUGCGGCACCCGAACGCACUGGGCCCGGGGAGGGUGGCCGCGCUCACCGCGUCAGCGCUGCCAAGCGGAACCUGGCCGGCCAGAGCGAGAAUGAGUAUGGCAUGAACAUGGCCGUGUCGGACGAGAUCUCGCUGGACCGCAGCGUGCCUGACACCAGGGACCCCGAGUGUAAACACUGGGACUACCCGAAGGACCUGCCGUCAGCUUCAGUCAUAAUUGUGUUCCACAACGAGGGCUGGUCCACGCUGAUGCGCACCGUGCACAGCGUCAUCAACGGCACGCCCCAACAACUGCUCCACGAGAUCGUCAUGGUGGACGAUUUCAGCGAUAAAGAGGAUCUCAAGGACAAGCUGGACAACUACAUCCGCCGCUUCAACGGUCUGGUUAAGUUGCACCGGAACACCGAGCGGGAGGGUUUGAUCCGCACGCGCACGCGCGGCGCUCAGUUGGCCACCGGCGAGGUGAUCCUCUUCCUGGACGCCCACUGUGAGGUCAACGCCAACUGGCUGCCGCCGCUGCUGGCGCCCAUCGCCGCCGACAGGACGGUGAUGACGGUGCCCAUCAUCGACGGCGUGGACCACAGCACGUUCGAGUACCGGCCCGUCUACCACUGGUCGUCCCGCUUCCGCGGCAUCUUCGAGUGGGGCAUGCUGUAUAAGGAGAACGACAUACCGGAGCGCGAGAGUAGCCAGCACAAGUACAAGUCGGAGCCGUACCGGUCACCCACCCACGCCGGUGGCCUGUUCGCCAUGGAUCGGUCAUACUUCUUGGAGCUUGGCGCCUAUGAUCCGGGCCUACUGGUCUGGGGAGGCGAAAACUUUGAGCUGUCAUUCAAGAUCUGGCAGUGCGGAGGCAGUAUAGUCUGGGUGCCCUGCUCUCGGGUCGGCCACGUCUACCGCGGCUUCAUGCCGUACAGCUUCGGCAAACUGGCCGAGAAGAAGAAAGGUCCUCUCAUCACUAUUAACUACAAACGCGUGAUCGAGACUUGGUUCGACGAUAAGUACAAGGAGUACUUUUACACGCGUGAGCCGAUGGCUCGCUUCCUGGACCACGGCGACAUCAGCGAGCAGCUGGCCUUCAAGAAGCGACACAACUGCAAGAGCUUCCAGUGGUUCAUGGAGAACGUGGCGUACGACGUGCCGGACAAGUUCCCCGAGCUGCCGCCUAACGUGCACUGGGGCGAGCUGAAGAACGUGGCCGACCAGCGGUGUCUGGACACGAUGGGCCAGCCGGCGCCCACCGCCAUGGGUGCUUCGCCCUGCCACGGCUACGGCAACAACCAGCUGAUUCGGCUGAACACAGCCGGCCAACUGUCGGUCGGCGAGCGCUGCGUGGAGGCCGACCGACACUCGGUGAAGCUGGCCUUCUGCCGGCUGGGCACCGUCAAUGGCCCCUGGCAGUACAGCGAGUCGAGCCAGACGAUGUUCCAUCGGACCUUGAAGGCAUGCAUGUCACUGGACCCAGGCUCGGGACAGCUGAAGAUGCUGGAGUGCGACUCGCGUGACGCCUACAAGAAGUGGCAGUGGAAGCAGCUGACGCCGCGCUGGUGACGCGCCCCCAGCGGUGACAUCUGGCGGCCGGCGAGGCGGCUCCGGUAGUGACACCUGGCGGUCUCUGCUGGACUGCGCGCCGCCGGACGGCCCGGCGGGCUGGUGAUGUUCCGACUUCUCUGGGGCCUUGGGAGCG